UGGCGUCUUGUCGGAAUCUCCUGAAACUCAGCGUUGUUUACACCAUUUUAAUGUUUUCUUAUGUGCUGAAUGCUAGAAUGAUAUAUGAAUUCUGCAAAACCCUGGAUAAAUGCAMAGCAUCAACAGACAAGGGGGUGAUUAAUUUGUGGCCUCUGGUAAAUGCUAACAAACCUGCAGUGCCUAGGUUUAAGAACAUCAAGGAUAAGUCGAAGUCUUACUUGUCAUAUUCCUGGAACCCUUGCAAUCCAUGGGUGCUACAGACUAAAAUAAACGACACUGGUUUCAAUUCGUGUCUACAAAACACUUCAAUUUGUAUGACAAGAUCCCAAGAAUCUAUUACUUACCAUGCUGACAUAGGAAAYGCUUCCACUGCAAGAUUUGUUUUAGAUAAAACCAGCAGCAAAUGCAAACUUGUUUAUGAUGGAAAUGAUKUUUUUGUGCCCAGUCUUGUCCAGAUUGAAUUAAUUUGCAGUACUGAUGAAGGCAGGCUUGAGGAAUUUACCAGUACUGAUGGAGUAACAAAUCAUGACUUGAAUGAAUAUCAGUCAAGGCUCCAUUCUAAGUACGCUUGUCCAAUGGGCAGCUAGAACUUAAGUGCUGGAAGUGCACUCUGUWUCAUGUGAGUAAAGACAUCUGGAGGGGGGGGGGACUCCCUUAUAAAAGUUCGUAGGCAUGCCCGGCGGGCCUUUUAUGGUCGAAAAUAAAACCCUUGUGUACCUUUUAUGAGCUGACUCCAUACCUUUUAGGGUCAAUUUUAGAACAUAGAAGAAAAAAAUUAAAGAAUUAUUGUUAUAAAGAAAUAGAUUUUGUUAACUUCAACAAUCUUUUGACACCGCGUUUUCUCUAUUAAAAAAGGAUAAAAUKUACAAAAUGUAACAAAGGUGAUGAAAAAGAAUGAGAAUAGAAGCAAAACGACAAUGAAAAUCUCGAUCAAAAGAGAUACAAACAGGCUGAGAGCAAAAUGUUUAAGAUUAAGCCAAUUGACUAGAAAGCCAGUAUGUUCUUGUAACUAGAGUCCAAAUAAACAAAGGAUUUCUCAUUA